UGGCGUAGACUACAGGAGUGGGGUUACAGGCAACUGUCGCUGCCGAUACAUGCUGAUUUCGGUCAGUUCUUAUUACCACGAAUCAAGGUUUUAACUUAGAGAACAUGUGCUAGGAGUUGUGAGUGUUUCGUGUAGUGUAAGAUUUCAAACAGUGAAUUGAUUUGAUGGGUUAAAUUCAAAAUUGUGAUAACACCGGCGUAGAACAUUCUGGAAAACGCAUUUACCAAUAUGGCGUCUACUAACCCUCAAAAUGGUUUAACCGAGUUGGAGAGUUUCCUACCUCAAGAUAACUCAAUAGAAAAUGGAGUCAAAAAGUACAAAAUAACCAAAGCAAAUGACUUGGAAACUGCAAAUUUGAACGUUGAUCCAUUCAAAUCAAGAAACUCAAAAAAUUCAGUUUCAGACGCUGCCACACUUACCCAUCUCCUUAAGGCAUCGUUAGGGUCUGGGAUAUUAUCAAUGCCAGCAGCAUUUUUCGGGUCAGGAUUAGUUUUAGGAAUUUUCGCGUCCAUUGCAAUAUCCAUCAUAUGUACCCAUUGCGCCUAUAUAUUGGUUACUUCAGCCCAUGAACUCUAUAGAAAAACAGGUAAGCCUCAAAUGACUUUUCCUGAAGUAGCGGAAGAGGCUUGCUUGAAUGGACCUCCAUGGGCACAUAAAUUUGCUAGUUCUGCAAGGAAAAUUAUACUUGCUGGACUUUUUGUAACGUACUUCAUGAUAGCUAGCUGUUAUUCUGUUAUAAUGUCGGAGAAUUUUAAUUACGUUAUCAACUACCAUUUGGGAUACACGAUUGAAAUAAGGAUAACUAUCGCCAUAAUGAUGGUUCCACUCAUACUGUUGGCAUAUGUGCCAAAUCUGAAAUACUUAGUACCAUUUUCAAUGGUAGCGAAUAUUUUCAUGGCAAUUGGAUUGGGAAUUACACUGUACUACCUCGCCAUAGAUGUACCCUCAAUUUCAGAACGGAACCUGAUCACUCAGGACAUUACUACAUUUCCAGUAUUCAUCAGUAUUACCAUAUUUGCUUUGGAAGCUAUUGGAGUGAUUAUGCCACUGGAAAACAAUAUGAAAACACCUCAGCAUUUUACUGGUUUAUGCGGUGUUUUGAAUCAAGGCAUGGGUGGUGUGACUCUAGCCUACAUAAUCGUGGGAUUCUUUGGAUAUCUCAAAUAUGGUCCAGAAGUCCAAGGAGCUAUCACCUUGAACCUACCAAUUGAAGAUUAUGCUGCCCAAACUGUCAACAUUCUCAUCGGUGCAGCUGUUUUCUGCACAUUUGGGCUGCAGUUCUAUGUCUGUCUUGAGAUAGGAUGGAAUGCUGUGAAAGACCGUUACACGAACAAUCCCACGAUGGCACAAUAUAUCCUGCGGACCGUAAUGGUGGUGUCGUGCGUUUCCAUUGCAAUAGCUGUGCCAAGAAUCGUUCCAUUCGUUUCUUUGAUUGGGGCUUUCUGUUUUUCACUGCUUGGAUUAGUAGCUCCUAUAUUGAUUGAAAUCGUUACAUUUUGGGAUAAGGGUUUUGGAAAAUUUUACUGGAAAAUUGUUAAAAAUGUGAUCGUUAUCUUAACAGCAGUUCUAGCUUUAAUAUUCGGGUCGAAAGGAGCAAUUGAAGAUAUUGUUAAAAUAUAUACAACAGAUAAUAUAGCAGUCAAUAGUACAGGUACUUAGAUUUUGACGCUUUAGAUUCCAAAUUUUCACACUUGAGAAUAUAUAGAAUUGAGUUUUCAUUCUCAAUUUCAGUUUCGAGUAAUCUAAAGCAGUCGGCAGCAAGGUUUGUUUGUUGCUUACUGCGGCACCGAAAUUAAAAAUCUCUUGAUUGAAAUUAUCUCAAAAUAUAAGGCAAAGAAGUUUAUUACUUGAAAUUAUAAUUACUAAAAUUCCUAACCUAUAUGAGGAAAGCAAUGUUGAAUUCAUUAUCAUGCUAUAUAUUUGUAUAUGAAUAUUGCGGACACACUGAAUAUCCUGUGGAGAUCCUAUUCAUGUCCAAUUGGAGGUGGAAUAUUCUUCGAGGUGAACUGGAUGUCCGUGAGAUGUCCCUCUAUGGAUUUGGAAUGGAUAUCCUGCGGUGGAUAUCCUAUGGUCAUCCUUUUGAAGAUGAAUUGGACUCUAAGUUGUAUAAUAAUAAGUUGUUAUUAUUUGAGUGACUAAAUCUUAUGAACGUUGUCUUCUCCAUGUUCAAAACUAAUCCAUUUGAAGGCAACCAUUCCUCAAAUAUUUUGAUUUCUUCAUUGGCCUUCAACUUUAAUGGAUAUUCAUCGGACGUAAGUGUAUUGUCUAUGCUAUUAAUUGUACAAAAUCAAUUAUUUUGAUAUGAAGUAACACCAUAGGAUUUCCAUUUCCUCAAAUUUUCUCUCAAUAUUUAUUUAAGCUAUCUUCCUACCUAGGUUUUUAAUCUCAAACAAUAUACGUUCAAGAUGAUAUGAUUGAAAACGUCGUUUCAUAAAUAAUUUUUAUUGUUUUCAAUGAUUAUCAUUUCGGAAAUUGAUAGGUUUGUAAUUAAAUGAGAAGGCUUUGUUACUUAAUCACUACCAAAAUUAAUUUUUCUCAUAUUCAUGAUUUCAUUCUUCAUUUCAUUAAUUACUCAUUAAGAUUACUAUGAUUUUUUCAAAUAAAAUUCCUUGACAUUAAAAUAAAUAGUGUAAUUGAUGACUUAUUUUGUGUAGUAAUUAUUUUGAGCUGAAUUAGCUGAGAAUUGGUCAGAAUUUUUUCAUAAAUUGUUUUGUUACUUUUUUAUUGAAAUUAAAUGAGAAUAUGAUAA